UCUGUUAAUUCAAAUAUUUGAGAAGCAACAGGACUCAUCUCGCCUCACUGUAAACACUAGUUCUCUAGCGUAUUGGAAUCUUCAGAAACUGUAUUGAUCUCUUUUUAGCUGUGUUAAGAGUGGAUCUACGUGAGACCUCUAUCAGGCCUGGUCGGACCCCAUUCUACUGCUCUGCCCCUGGGCCAUGGUACAUCAGAGUGUAGAAGCUGCAAUAUGAGCGUAACUCCAACCACCACCCUGGACAGCCAACUGACCUCUACCUGGGGCUCAACUAAUUCCUACCCCGAUGUGCCGAUGAUGAUGUCUGGUUACACAAGUCGUCUGUGGCCUCAUGACUCCCAGCCUCAGUUCUGGAGUAAGUACCAGGUGUGGGAGUGGCUGCAGCAAGUCAUGGACAUGCACCAGAUCGAUGCUUCCAACAUUCCCUUCCAAAACUUUGACAUGGACGGCCAUCAGCUCUGCAGCCUAAACUACCAGGAUUUCAUCCGUGCUGCCGGCAGCAUGGGACCCAUUCUCUUCCACAACAUCACAGAGCUCAAGUGGAGCGGUGCGUCUGAAGGGCAAUACCAUGUGGAAAUAGGUCAACUGGAUCUCAAACCAGAACUAGAUUUCUCCUGUCCUUUUCCAGAUGUCGGUUAUCCACCAGGAGAAAUCUACGAUCCCGCUAUUCACCCCCUUGCACCUGUUGCCUCUCCCACCCCUUCUAGUCCUGACAUAAAAAGAACUUACAGUCGUCCUCAUCAGGUCAAAAAACACAACCCACGGGGGACCCACUUGUGGGAGUUCAUCAGGGACAUUCUACUGAACCCAGAGCGAAACCCAGGGCUGAUCAAGUGGGAGGAUCGGACAGAGGGGGUUUUCCGUUUCCUGAAGUCUGAGGCAGUUGCACAGUUAUGGGGCAAGAAGAAGAAUAACAGCAGCAUGACCUAUGAGAAACUAAGUCGGGCAAUGAGAUAUUACUACAAAAGGGAAAUCCUAGAACGAGUAGACGGACGCAGACUGGUUUACAAGUUUGGAAGGAAUGCUAGAGGAUGGAGGGAGUCAGAGAAGUGACAAUUUCAUUAAUUUAUGUUUUAUUUGAUGAAUGCAAAUGUGAUGUUUUAUUAUAGUUACUGUUUUUGAUAACGAUACAUUUGAAGUGUUUACACAUUGUUGAUGAUUGUAUGUUUGCAUCAUUAUUUUUUUUUCUUGAAAUUCAUCUCUUUGUUGUGACACUGCACUGAGCUGUUCUUUAUUGUGCCUUAUUAAGAAACCUUUGCUUAUUAUACCAGCAUGUCAUCAGUCAAACCUCACACACACACACACACACACACACACGCACACACACACACACACACACACACACACACACACACACACAUGUGUUAAGAAAAGAUUAUAUUGAAGAAAGUGAUAUCAAAACUGAAUUUUGGUUUUCUUACAUUUUUUUUUUUUAAAUCAGAUACUUUCUACUUUUCAAGUCCUAUAAGAGCACAUAUUGAUAUAACAUUCAAACACGUGGCAAACAGAUAUAUGUUUAGAGUUUUGACACUGAUAAUGUGAAGUUCCUGUGGGAAGGAUGCCAGAUCACAGCAUAAAAACAAGAAUGAUAAUGGAAAUAACAUGCCAUAAGAAAAAAAUGUAGCAAUCAAGUACAAAGAUACAUAAACAAGUGAUAAAGUACAAAUAGUUACAGCAAAAUAACAGUAUGGUUCGUCUUAUUUGGUUCAUUUCAGAGUUUUCAUUCAUUGAGCUGUAAAGAAAGUGUGUACAUGUUUGUUGAUGUUUAAUACAAAUAAAGCUUGUGAUUGUUUUUAUUUUAUGAAAGCCAUUUCAUAACGCCUACAAUUAGGAUGUCAUUUUGUAAAUCAAGGGAAGGACGAUUCCUGAGACCUUUCAUUGUCAUGAGACUAAGAGAUAGUAUUCUGAUCAGUUACAUCAAUCAGUGUUUUGGAUUCAAUCUACAACCUAAAUUGCAACUAUUCUUUCCCAGAAUUGAUUAAUGUUGACUGUCAACAGAGCGCAACUUAGAUCUACAGCUGUAAACCUCGUUCCCACUCAAUCAUGUUCUGAUGCACUUAGAGAUAGUGCAGGUGGUUUCUGUUUUACCGUGACAGUGUGAAAUGCCACACAGUUAAUUGUUUGCCCGUACAUAGCUGCCAUGCAGGUUCCUACAGGCAGUGGAUGAAUGACUGGGCCUUGAUGGCCAACAAGAUUAAAGCUGUGUCAAUAAAAGGCUCCUUUCUGUGACCUGUGUUCACAAGCAAAUCUGUGUCUAAUCUUCAAUCUGACUUAUCUCACUUUUGUGAUCCUUCUUUACAUAUCACGGCACUGA